CCUUCUAAACUUUCAUUCUCUGUGCCACUAAAACUCAUAUUUAUCAAACGAAAUAGGAGAUUUCUUAACCCGUAUCCCUAAACUUCUGUUCUCUUUCUCCAACUACCCCUAACUAAAAGCACAAUUAGUUAGUUCACACGGUCCAUGCAGUGGUACACUUGUAGCGCUGCCGAUCUGCAGUUGCCAUCCAUCUGCUUGGUUUUUAUUUGUUCAUUCGCUUCAGUGCAGCAUUUCCUCCAGUUCCCAAUAUAACUCCUCUCUUCAGUGCUCUCCCAAAGCCUCAGCUACCAGCCAGCAUCAUCAUCCCAGCCUCCCCCAGUCCCAGGUCAAGGCGAUCACCACCAACAACAAACGACUGCGCUGCCGUCCACAGGCGCGCGUAGCCGCCGCACGCACACCAACUCCCCUGUCUCGGCUCGGCGGCAAGCUUCCCUGCACCAGACUCCGGUCUCUGUCCCUGUCCCCCUGCUCAGCUUCCACCAGCGACACCAUGCCGGCGCCCAAAUGGUUCCAGAAGCUCAGGAGGAGGAAGAAGGGCAAGCAGCAGGGUGCAGCAUGCAGGAGCCAAGCUGCCGAAGCCGAAGCCGAAGCCGACGCCGACGCGGCGGCGCGCGCGGACAAUUGCCCGACCAGCCAGUGCCAGUCGUCGCUGCCAGCGGCGUGCGCGGUGUCCCCGAACAGGGCGUCCUACUACUUCGCCAGCGCGGACCGCCCGCGCCAGGACAGGGAGCUCCCGUGCGUCGCCGACAUGGCGCUGGACGUCCGCGUGGACGUGGUGCACCGCCGCGCGGGGGAGCGGCGGCUCGGUGGCCUCGACGCGCCGCCGGGGACUCCCGAGCUCAAGCUGCGGCGCAUCGUCACGAGGCCCGCCGCCGCCGACGCCUCGGAGAGCGGCGGCGGCUUCAGCAGCGCCAGCGCCACCACGUCGGCCGCCACGACGCCGUCGACCAGGGCGCGCGGCUUCCACGUGAAGGCAGCCGGCGGCCGGAGGCGGCACCGGCGGCGGCGGUACGAGCACGACGGCAGCGCGAACAAGAAGGGGAAGGCGGCGCUGGCGGAUGCGGAGACGGAGGCGGAGGCGUCGCCGCUGCGCCUGCACGGGGCCGCGAGGCGGCGGCGGUGGCUGUACGAGAGCUUGGUGGUGGUGAAGGCGUCUUCGGACCCGGAGCGGGAGAUGGCGGAGAGCAUGGCGGAGAUGGUGGUGGCCAACGGCAUCCGGUCGUCGGAGGACCUGGAGGAGCUCCUGGCGUGCUACCUCGCGCUCAACGCCGCCGAGCACCACCGCGCCGUCGUCGCCGCGUUCCGCCACGUGUGGUCCCUCCUCGCCAGGCACAGCCUGCUCCUCUAGCGCGCGCGCGCGCAGGUGCAGGCCACGAACGCGCCUGGUGAGCACCUAACAACACUUUCUGAAUCGCGUCGUGCAGCACAAAGCACACCGUAUUGCCGUGUGAGCUGUGGCGAUCGAUCGUGCAUGACAGCGUUGCCCGGAUCUCGCCGUGUUCAUAAUCCAUGUUGACCGUACAGUCCCAUCGAUCGAUCUGCUCGUCCUGAUGACACUUUCUUUCUUCUUCA